AGAGAAGUAGUAACGCAUUAGUUUUCGGCCACCUCCUCCAUUGAAGCGAAGCUCCGAGAGAGAGAGAGAGAGAGAGAUUGUAGUGUGGUGCAUCGUUACAAAACAUAACCAAACCCGUACACGAAAAAAAGACACAGACUUUUUGUUUUUGUUUUUGUUUUUUUGUCUCUUUCCAUGGUAAUGACAGAACUCAACUUCCUCCCAACAAUCUCCGAUCGCUUCACCACGACGUCACCGUCACCGUCCUUCUCCUCACAUUCCCUUCUUCCCUUCACCCAUCGACGAACACGACAAAGUAACCACAGACCUGUCUCCGUACGCAUGGAGCAGUCACGACCGAGAAACCGAAAAGACAAGAUCGUCGUCAUCUUAGGAGCAACCGGCGCCGGAAAGUCACGUCUUUCAGUCGAUCUCGCCACUCGUUUCCCUUCAGAGAUCAUAAACUCCGACAAAAUCCAAGUCUACGAAGGACUGGAGAUCACCACCAACCAGAUUACCAUCCCCGACCGUCGCGGCGUUCCUCACCACCUCCUCGGUUACCUCCCCUCCGAAGACGGCGAACUCACCGCUGGAGAUUUUCGUGCAGACGCUUCAAACGCCGUUUCCGACAUAAUCUCCCGUAAAAAGCUUCCGAUCAUCGCCGGCGGAUCCAACUCCUUCGUCCACGCGCUCCUCGCCGAGAGAUUCGACCCAAAGAUCGAUCCUUUCGCGUCUUCUUCGAUAUGUCGGGAUUUGCGUUACGACAGCUGUUUCAUCUGGGUAGAUGUGUCGGAACCUGUGCUGUUCGAGUAUCUUCUGAAACGGGUCGACGAGAUGAUGGGUUCGGGCAUGUUCGAGGAGCUGUCCGGGUUUUACGACCCGGUGAAAGCGAGUAGGGCCCGGUUUGGGAUCCGGAAAGCCAUAGGCGUACCGGAGUUCGACGGUUACUUCAAAAUGUACCCACCGGAGAAGGAGGUAAAGUGGGAUUCAGGGAGGAGAGCGGCGUACGAUAAGGCGGUGGAGGAUAUCAAGGAGAACACGUUGAGGUUAGCGAGGAGGCAAGUAUGGAAGAUAGAGAGGCUGAGAGAAGCAGGUUGGGAUAUUAAGAGAGUCGACGCAACGGCGUCGUUUAGAGCUGUUAUGAUGAGUUCGAGUUCGUCGCGGGAGUGGAGAGAGAUUUGGGAGGAGCAAGUUUUGGAGCCAAGCGUAAAGAUUGUGAAUCGGCUGUUGGUGGAAGAUUAGGUUAUUUCCCAGCCAUUUUCCAGCUCAUUUUUUUUUUGCUUUUCAUAUCAUUAAAAGGGUUCGUUGAGAGAUUAUUUUUCGAAAAAGGCACAUUUUUUUGUUGGGUUAUCUACAAACAUGUAAUACAUAUGAUCUCCGCCAUUUUUGGUACUCCAAAACUCCAUUUCUAUUCUGAAAUGCUGUGGAAAUUAAAGCAAAAAAAAAAGUCCAUUUCUGUCUUUUUUUCAAAAGUUAUGUUCCUUUUCUUUUUUUUUCAAAAGUUUUUUUUUUUUUUUGACUAAGUUUUUUUUUCAAAAGUUAUGUUCUUUAAAAUGUAACAAAAGUUUUGAUCUUUAGAAAAUUAGGAGGUUGUUUGUCUAGUCUGCAGAAAUGUGUGUGUGGGAAAAGAAAAGCGUAUGAGAGAGCAACGGCAAGGAGGGAUGAGCUAAACUGCGAAGCUUUGCAUUUAGCGUCAGAACAAAAUAAACCUUUUUGUUGUUUUUUUAUGUCAUUGGAAAUUUACCUUUAAGUUUUUCUGUUCUUUUUAACGGAAGUCUAGACCUUAAACCUCAGUAUAAAUCAAAAAUUGUUUUUGCCAAAGAAACCUUUUGUAUAUUAUUUUACGUUAUUAAGAAUAAAAGAUCUUUUUAUAUUUAUUUUACGUUUGGAUAUUCAUUUGGAUUCAGUUUAAAUUUUUAGAAUAAAUAUUAAACACCAUUUGAGUAGUUUUUGAAUUUUGAGCCAAAUUGGUUCAAAUCCUUUUGGGUUCAUGCUGAAUUCAAGUAUUUAUAUGGGGGAUUUUUCAAAAAAAAAAAAUAUAUAUAUAUAUAUAUAUAUAUGAUUUUAAGUUUUUUUAUUUAAUGUUGAUAUUUUAAUAUGAACUACUUAUUAAGUACUCUGAAAUCACUUAACAAAUCGAUCUAAUUUAUCAUUUAACAUAUAAACUUGAACAAUGUAUGACCAAUACCGAUAAUAAAUAUAAGUAUUAGAUAAUUAGAGCUAUUUAUUUUGGUUCCAUACACUAAUUUCAGAUACUAAUUCAAAUAUAAAAACAUAUAUUCAUUGUCAAUUUUUCAGAGUUUUCAGAUUUUAUAUUGUGAAUUUGGAACGAGUUUGGAUAAUAGUGGAUAUCUAUAUUACCGUUAAACAUGAUCUAUUUAUGUAUUUUAUAUAUUGGAUCAUAUUCGGAUUCAGGUUUUCAGAUAAGAUUUGGUUCAGAUUCAGUUACAAAGCCUCAUACCUAAUUUAUUUGAAUUACUUUUACAAAAAUAUGGUGAAAGAUAGAACUGAAAUUUUGGUUUUACAAAAUUUUAAAGCUCUGUGAAUCUACUCUCCAACAAGGCAAAGACAAUCCCGAUCAUAGUUACGAGUAAAACGUUACAUUGGAUUGAAGACACAAAAAAAAAUGAAAGAAUUUAUAUACGGUUUAAAGUUUAGUCUAUUGUCUAUGAUCGUGUAUAGCAUUUUUUUUAUAACAGUUCAUGUAAUCCAUUGGUACUAUCGUAAGUUCUAAAGAUAUGUUUACGAUGCUUGACAGCUAAUGUUAUACUCUAUUAAAUACGGAUAUUUUAAAAUUUUAUUUGUUUUAAGUUUACAUUUCUUUUAAAUAUAUAGAGCUUUGUAUUAGAAAACACGAAUUGUCAUUUUGUUGUAUAAUUAUGUGUGUUUCUUGUUGUUGCAAACAUAAUUUUGUAACCUGAGCCGCAAUGAGUUAUCAGAUUCAGACAGCUCCACAUACUUAUUUGAAGUCGGAUAUGACAACUAAUAUUAGUUAAAACGAAAUCCUCUAAAUCUUAAAAGACAAUCUUAGAUAGAUCUUAUUCGACUAGUUUUUAAUGAUCUUGGUUAUGAUUCGUUUGAAUUUUAAAGCCCCCUUUUUGAUCCAAUUUAUUUCAAUAGUAUUAAAACUUCGAUGAAAUCUUCAUCAUAAUAAACAUAAUGAGAUGAUAGAUUCUUAUACAUCUCCCACACGACUUUAUGUCCCACAUCUACUAGCCGUGGAUCCAAACUCUAAUCACAAGAUAUUGAUGAUUCUUGAGUUCUAUAAGUGCAUCCAGCACGUUACAAUUUGUACUAAAAUGAUAAUUGUAUUUUAAGAAGAAUGAUAAUUGUAUUUUAAGAAAAAAUGAUACUAAUUAUCUGUGAUACUACUUUAUGAUAAUAUAUGCGUAAUGGUCGUAAGAAGAACAUCGUUUGUGAAUGUGACGUGUGGACGAUUUUAUUUGAUACCAUAAACGUAAAUUUGCUGUAUCUUUGGGUUCGACCGGUCGAGGCUACUAUGUGUUAACACUUUCCAUGGAGUAUUUGGCCACUUAGACUUUGGUUCGACCAUUGUAUCCGUGAUGAGUUUGCGGAAAUGUUUUAUGGUAUACUUUAAAUUAGUCGGGCAGUUCAACAAAACUCAUACUCCUCCUAUAUGGUAAACUAAUUGCCAUACAACGUAUAUUUCCCCACUAAAUAUCAAAAAAAAAAGGUAUUUCCAUCGAUCUCUAUCACUAUUUAUUAUUUUCUCUUUGUCCACCAGUGUUCUUUGCAGUUUUGUGAAAGGGUCAUCAUUUGUGAUAGUACUUGAUCAGAAACCAAGACAAUAAUAUUGGCACGUAAACUGUUGACUGCAGGGGUUGCUAUCAAAACUUUUAUACCAUUGAUAUAGGUUUGGUCAACAACGCUAUAUAUACAAUUAUUUCUUCAAUUACAAUCCUAGAAGUGAAAUAAGUAUCUAGCUAACAAAUUUAUAGAUCUAAAAAAAAAUAAAAAAUAAAAAAACUUAUAGAUCUCCUCUUAUGUACAAUUAGAUUGUGUAUUUGUCCGUCCUGUAAACCUAGAAUGAGUGGUCCCAUAUUCCCAUAUGUAUUGGAUAUAUGUUUCAAUGGGGUUUAUGCAUACUAUAUGCCAAUUAACUUAUAUACUUUGUCAUUCUAGCAUAUUCUCUUUUUUUUUUCUUAUAAUCCCGGCUUAUAGCUAAUGGUUGACACUUGUGCUGCCGGGGUUUAAUAACUCCAAUUCGUGUAUGAGAUGUGAUGACAUAAAAUGUUAGUAGGGACUUGGUGGUUCUAGAAACAUAUGUUGGUAAUUAGCUACUAACAAACGUGUUUUCUACUAACAAGUAACAAACGUUUUAAUUAUAAAGUAUUUUUGUAUGAGUUACCAACAAAUGUUCUAUGUAUAGACCAAUUGAUCCAAGGCGUACGACAAUACAUCAUGAUGUUUUUACCUAGCUACUAAUAACAUUGAUAAUAUAGUUAAUUCAGUGUUAACAUAUUUUUGUUUCCCAAAUUUUAUGUAAAUUUUUAUUUGAAACUACUAAAUUUUUUUCACUAUAUUUAUGAUUUAUUAUAGAAUUUAGACAAGAAAUCACAAACUAACUUAACACUUAACUCAAUCGUCUUUAGUUAGUGCACUAAUCUGUAAAAUUUUGAAUUUCAGUUUGUCAUAAUAAUGAUCAUUCAUACUUUACCGCCAAGCACAACUAGGAGUAGCUUGAAAUUGGUUGCUUUCGAAGCAUCGUAGCAACUAGCAACAGGGGCUAAAUCUAUUAAGUUGUCUCUAUCAGACAUAAUAGCACAGCCGUCUGAUUGAUUUAAAUUCAUGUGGGAGAAUGAGAACCUAUCUUCUUCUUUUUCAAGAGCCUGUCUUGUAAUUUGUGAUGAAUUCAGUCAAAAAAAAUUUUAUGAUGAAAGAAGAGAGUAUAUUCAUAAAGCUUGACAAUAAAAUAAACAAGAAAUCGUUCUCCUGAUCUAGACGUUCAAUUUAAAGCAGUGGCGAAUGUUUAUAUAAGCUUAAAAAUAUAGCUAAAAAUGAUAUUUACUAAGAAAAAAUAACUAAAAUUUAAGCAUAUUAAACAAAAGUUAUGAAAAUUUCAUGGUGGCACUUGCCGUCUCCUUGAGUAGUGUAGGUUCGCCACUGAUUUAAAACCAGGAUCUAUAACACAAUAUAUCAAGAAAAUGGAACAAUAAAUUUUCUUGAUUAUAAGUAUUGAUGACACCGAGUAGUUUGCUUCGUAAUACUUGCUUAAUCCGAUUUGCGUCUCGUGAUUGGAAGGAAGCUUCUCUUUAUCUCCAAUAUGUCUAAAUUCAUGCAAAUGACAGCUUUGCAUCAAAUGGAAAUAUAAUUAUAACUUUCUACCAGAUUAUUCGAUCUUUAUUAUAUGCAAUAAGGUCUACGAUCAAAGUACGGACUUCUUCGAACCCUAUUAUAAUCCCUGUUUGGUGGCAUUCUAUUUUGUAUAUACACAUACGUUCUUUGUUCAUAUCUGAAUGUUUAAUAAAGUCAGAAACUCUUUUUUAAUAAAGUCAAACCUUAAUAGUCAAAUAACUUUGUCAAAAGAAUAAAAUAUUUAAAUCAAAUAGUUAUGGUAUGCGUAGCGUAUGGUUGCAAGUUUGCAACAUCCGACUUAUGGUCGAAUUGUUUUGUAUACAAGGGCUGUGUAUCUUCAUUAAAAUAUCAACAAUACAACGAUAAUUAUCCAGACCACUCGGCAAGUCUUGUAUUCGAUUCUUGCUCACGACUAUAUUGUAGAGAGUAAUGAUUGUGUAGACAUUGGGAGUCCCAAUGUGGUAUACUACAUAUCUGCAGUUUCUUCUCACAUUUUUGAUGAUUUGGACGGCAUCUGCUUUUAUGUGCAAAAGAAAUAUAUGAGAUCUAGAUAGUUUAAAACAGUACUAAUGAUAAGUAACUUUUCCUCCUAGUUAUUAUGCCGAAUAUAUAUUUAUUUGUAGAAUGAUCGAAAUUGAUUCGUGAUAUACAAAAACACGAUUAAAAAAGAAAUUUGUUUGACUUCUUUUAAUAGGGACUAAAAUACAAUAUUAUUAAACAAAUAAAAAUUAACAUAUAUCCAUAUAUUUUGAAUCUAAAUAAUUAAAAUCAUUAUAUGAAUAUAAAGUGCAUGAAAUAAAUAUUUAGUUUGAAAAUAGAAUGCACAUACAUAUAUUAUAUAAAAUUUCAUCAUCUAGUAGUAUAUUAUGAUGUAGUAUAUUAUAUUAUUAUUUUUGCUUGAACUAAAACAAAUAAAGUUCAAAUCGUGAAAUAAAACUAAAAUACCAUGUUAAAACUUUUUAAGAAGUUGAACAAGAAAAACUAGAACAAAAAAAAACACAAGACGCAAAACCAUAU